AUGUCAGUAGCGUCCUCAGAUGAAGAAAUUGUUACAAAACGUCAGACAAAUAGAAUAAGGCCGCGAAAUGUUAAAAUUAAAUCGCGACGCGUUGAUUCUGGAGUUUCCGAAUCUUCCGUGUCUACGUCGUACAUACUAAAUAACGAAGAGCCGAAUCUCUUAAAUACUUUAAAUAAUGUAUCAGUAAAUGAAGACGAUGACGACAAAUCUGUGGAAAUGACCGAAGAACUGAAUUCUGAAAAUGAUAGCUUACAACUCACUAAACUCACUGAGGAAGGAACUUCUAGACGACCUACCAAAAAGAAAAAAAGCAAGAAAGACAAACGACCAGAUUGGACAAUGUCAGACGAUAUAAAUUUUCUUAGUGAUUCAAGUCCUCAUAACCUUUCAAAAAAGGGGAAAAAAGGCAAAAAGGUCAAAAAGGUCAAAGUUAAAGAGCAAGAUGAAAAUUCAGAAGAUGAUCGAGAAUCAUCUUUGACUCCACCACCGGAAUUAAAUGAAUAUCAAAUUAAAUCUACUGUUGGUAUGAUACGCGCAACUCUUAUGCAAUAUUCGGAAAGAUUAAGAUCCGAUGGUAAUGAAAUAAGUUCCCCGGGUAUAUCUCAUGAACCACAAGAUGAUAUGGAACUGGAUCCAGAACUUUUGGCUAUUCAACAGUCAAUUAAACAAUUGCAUGAUAAGUCCAAUCGAAAUCCUAAUGCCAAAGUUGAAAUUAAGGUUAUUAUAAUACGGCAUCCGGAAACCGAACCAACUACUAAAAAGACCGAGAAACCAAUAAAAUUUAUAAUUAGAGCUGAUGAUAAUUUCGAACAAAUGAUUAAGCACAUAAGUGAGAAGAGAGAAAUAAGGAAGCAAGAUUUGUUACUUACAUAUAAUAAAGUAAAAAUAUUUCCUCGUAGCACACCUCAAUCGUUAGGAAUGGUCGGUAAUGUUAUUAUAGAGGCGUAUACGAAGGACAUAUACAAUUAUAUUAAAGAAAAGCAAAAUCUUGAAAAGAAACGCUUAUUGGAAACCGAUUCGGACAAGUCAGAAAAUGAUAAAAAUUCAGACGUACCCGAUAUCGAGGAUGAUAAUUAUAUAUAUUUGAAAUUACGCUGUCAGGAUGAAUCAGUUGAAAAAUUGAAGGUUAAAAAGAAUUUAACCGUACAAGCCGUUAUUGAUAAAUACAAAAACAUCAAAAAUAUACCUUUAGAUGUUAAGGUGAAAUUAUUAUUAGAAGAUGAGACUUUAAAAGAUAUGAAUAAAUUAGAAGACACUGAGUUAGAAGAUGGAGAUAUGUUAUCAGUUGUUCUCAAUUGA